UGACGAUGUAUCACGUGACCCACGCUAACCGCCAUCUUUGCUUAUCGUAUAAACAGUGCGACCGGGUUCAGCACGAAUUCUUGUUGAGAAAUUGUGGUUUUUCCAGUGUUUUUGAGUGAUUCAGUUGCGAAGAAAUGUCGGAGAUCAAGGCGGAGAACAAGAACGAUAACAAUAUCGAGGAUGUGUCAAAGGAUCAUUCAGCAGAGGAGAAACCCAGCCCAACGAAAAAUAAACGAGGAGGCACGAAAAGACUCUCUACACUAGAAAGAUUGGCUCAAGAAGGAGAGCGAGUCACAAAGGAUUUGAAUGCAUCUGUUGGAGAAGUUGAAGGGAGGAGGCGCACACGUAGUUCAGCACGAGGCCUAACCUCAUCAACACCUGUGCCAUCUCCACCUAAAAAAGAGAAGAGGGAUACAUCAACAAAAGGCACUGGUCGUGGGCGCGGGCGUCCUAAACGGCAAGAGAAAAAUAAUGACAAUAAUACAGAUGAAGAAGCAGCUAACAAUAAAAGCGAAAAGCAUUCUGAGGAAGAAUCUAUGAAAAUGGACGUGGAUGAACACAAAGAGGAAACAGAAAAAUUGGCGGAUAGCGAGGACAAGAGUGUUGCGAAAACUGAAAGUAAAGAGGCUUCUGAAAAGGCGCUUGACUCUAAUUUCAAGGAGGAAAAAGUUACAGAAGAAUCGGAAAGCUUCGCAGAAGAAAGCAAGAGUUCUAGUGUCAGUGAAGAGAAAAAGGAGGAAGACAUAAAGGAUAGCUCGGAUUCGAGUCAAGAUGCAACAGACACAACAACAGAGGCACCACCUUCAUCUUCAUCAGAGUCUCAAAAUCCUUCUAAUGCUACUACUACAGAAGAAAAUAAGGAAUAACCUCCUUUCGUCUGUUUACCAACUUCAUCAGGUACCAGGGCGGCGCACACAUUGGGGUUACAAAGCCAGUCCCCUCGUCUAUUUUAACAAAUUGACACCUUCUUGCCGAUCGUUAUUCUAAUCAGCGUGCACGAGUAUUAUUUUUCUUUUUAAUUCGCAGACGAAAUAUUGGGAUAUGUUUUUGCUAUACAUUCAUUGCCAGGAUAAAUAUAUGUUUAAUUAAGGUAUUAAAUGGUAUUGAGUGUACCAUAGAGUAGUUGUUCUAAUGUACUUUUACUUCGGUAAAGAGUAAAAUUACUCGUGCACUGAUUAGUUUACGAUGCAAAAACAAGGUGUAGAGCGUACGUUGUUCAUGUACAAUGAUAAUAUUAUUGUAAAAUAUAUUUAAUAUGGACUUA